GGUCGCCGAUCGUUUGACCAGUUUCGGGUUGUUGAUCAAGACAUGUCAUAUGGAAGAUUGUGCAAGAUAUGGAUAACAAAAGAAUUUCAACAAGGACCUUUGUUAUUCCCAAUAAUGAAGGACAAUCAACAAACUGUGGAUAUGAGGCAUGUACGAAAGUCGAUCCAAAAAAAUUGAAUGUUCACCUUGUACCUCCCACUCAUGAUGAUGUUGGAUGGUUAAAAACAGUUGACCAAUAUUACUUUGGAAGUCGAAAUGAUAUACAGUGGUCGGGUAUUCCUAAUAUUCUUAACUCAGUAAUAAAAUCUUUGCAAGAAAAUCCAGAUAGGAGAUUCAUUUACGUCGAAUCGGCAUUUUUCUUUAAGUGGUGGGAAAAACAGAAUGAAAAAAUAAAGGCAAUUGUUCGAUCCCUAAUUAAUGAAGGAAGACUCGAAAUAAUUGGUGGGGGAAGGAGCAAUGCUGAAGCAGUGACCCAUUAUCAAUCUAUAAUUGAUCAAUUUUCCUGGGGUUUUAGGAGAUUGAAUGACACGUUUGGAGAAUGCGCGAGGCCUAAAAUUGCAUGGCAAAUUGAUCCCUUCGGACACUCAAGAGAACAGACAUCAAUGUUUGCCCAAAUGGGGUUCGAUGCUCUAUUUUUUGCUCGGCUUGACUAUCAGGAUAAAAUUGAACGAUUGCGUACUAAAACGGCAGAAUUUAUCUGGAAGGGUAGUCCUAGUUUGGGUAGAAGUUCUAAUUUAUUCACCUCAGUUCUCUACAACCAUUACAGACCACCAGAUAGUUUUUGUUUCGAUAUUCGUUGUAAAGAUGAACCUUUUAUUGACGAUCUCGAGAGUCCAGAUUACAAUAUUGAUCGAAGAGUGGAACAAUUUUUGGCAUUUGUCAACAAACAAGCAAAAUCAUACAGAACGAAUAAUGUUCUACUUACUAUGGAAGACGAUUUUCAUUACCAUCUUGCUGACGCAUGGUUUACUAACUUGGAUUUACUCAUUAAAUACACAAACCAGCGAAAUGGGUCAACACAUCAUUUAAUUUAUUCAAUUCCAUCCUGUUAUUUGAAAGCACUAAAUAAUGAGAAUUUGUCAUGGACAACAAAAAGUGAUGAUUUCUUUCCUUAUGCUAGUGAUUCUCAUGCGUAUUGGACUGGUUACUAUACUUCGCGUCCAACGCUUAAAUUCUUCGAAAGAAUGGGGAAAAACUUUUUACGUAAAAACUUGCGAUCUGAUAAUAAAGGACUAGAAAAAAUCCGAGAAGCCAUGGGUAUAUUACAACAUCACGAUGCUGUUACAGGCACAGAAAAGCAACAUGUUGCGGACGAUUAUGCUAGAAUUUUGUACGAAAGCAUGAGCAACGGAGAAAAAAUUAGCACCGAUGCAUUGAGAAAUUUAAUAACCCAAAUCGUACCAGUGUCAGCAGCAGUGAAAAAUAUUCCGGGUAGGAAAAGUUCUGCUUCACAUGAGCUAGUACUUCUGGCACGAGAAAUACCUGCUUUGGGUUGUCAGUCAUUUUAUGUGAACGAAAAGAAUUCGGAAAGCGGAUUUCAAUCUGCUAAACAAAAAUCAAAAUGAAAAAAUUGGAAAAGAAAUAGUAACCAAAUACACAACGGACUUACAAUCGAAUAGAGAAUUUUGAACAGACAGCAAUGGCCGACAAAUGUGGAAACGAACAAUAAAUAAGCGAGCCACAUGGAAUUUAGACCUUUUGGAGCCAAUUGCUGGAAAUUACUAUCCAGUAACGACGAAAAUUUCCCUCAACGAUGAAAAAAGAAAAUUAAAAAUGUCGGUACUUACCGACAGAGCAGAAGGCGGCAGUAGUUUAAGGGAUGGUGAAAUAGAAUUGAUGGUGAACAACUGCCUUUCGAUUUAUUUACUAUUGCUU